AUGGGGAACUCGGACUCGAAGCUUGUCUUCAAGCAGGGCAUCUUCAAGCUGUCUGAGCUAGAGAGUAUCGCAGCAAAUGAUCCAUAUUGGAGAGGAUUCUGGGAGCUUCCUGAAUCCACCGAAGAUGUCUUUAGCCUCUUCUCCCCGGUCGACGUUCGCCGAGCGCGAGACAGCUCCCUUCCAAACAUCGAGACCCUCAUUCUCGCCCUCACAUCUCGCCUCUUCGCACUACGGCAUCACCGGUCAUUCCCAGACCCUGAUGUUGCUCCCGAAAAGCAUGCUCUGAAUUGCGUCAGAGUCCUCACGCGCAUCCUACCAUUCCUCUACGAGGCAGACCAUUUAGAGAUAUGGGAAGACACAUUCUUCUGGACGAAGAGGAAGAAGCGGGCAAAGGGACAGAUUGCGAAGCCGGAAGUACUCUUCGACGAGUCACAGAAAGAGGAGGAGCCGCAGCCUGAGGAUGAGGAGCGGUUUGAGGAAGUCAGGCCUCUCGGAGAAGAAUUGGUCGAUACGUUGAUCGACUUGCUGUUCUGUAUUGGAUUCACGUUACCAUACACUGAACGGUCAAAGACCCGGAUUACGUAUGCGAUCUGGGCUAAGGGUGUGGGUUGCAAUACGUCUAUGAGCUCCAGCAAGGAACUGGAAAGCAAUCGAAUAGAGAUUUUGAGGCUGCUUUUGACGCUGUCAAGCAAGUCGCUUUAUAUGCCUGCCCACAUUCUGCCAACCAAAGGGGUCAAAGCCGUCACAUACAUCACCACAUGUCCAGACAAACAGCUCGUACUCUCGUUGCUCUGCUCACAGCUCAACACCGCUCUGAACUACAACCCUGCUAGCUGGAGAGUACCGUACGAUCAUGUGGUAUACAAAGAUCCAAAGCAGAUCCUGGUGUCAUACUGUUUGCAAUUUCUCCUUAUCUUGAUACUGUAUCCAAUACCAGAAGGCGGCAAAGGACCGCCGCCCAAGAACUACUUUCGACAUUUUCUGGGGAGAUUACACCGACCACAGGACUUCGAAUUCCUGGCGGAUGGGAUGGCUAGGACACUGAAUCAGCCGCUUCAAGUCACAUCUUCUUACCUUCCAGGAAGUCAGAAAUCACUGAAGUGGGCAUCGGAGAUGAUCAUGCUCUUCUGGGAAACGCUUCAGUGCAAUAAGCGAUUCCGAUCCUUCAUCAUUGAUACCGAUCGAGGGCAUGAGUUUAUGACCCUGAUCCUAUUCUACGCCACAGAGUACAAAACGGAUACAUCGAAGCAAGGAGUCAUUCGGAUGUGCGUGUUUGUUCUGCAGACUCUGAGCACCGAGCCGAACUUUGGGAAGCUUCUGAAUCAGGAAUUUGAAAGUCAAGAUGCUCUGCCGGCGACGAUCAAGCUGAACGACUUCAGUGGCACAUACGCCGAUUUCCUAAUCAUAUCCAUCCACAAUCUCAUUAUCUCCAGCCGAGGUAAGCUGGAUGCCAUAUACCCAUCUCUCCUUGCGACUAUCAACAACAUUGCCCCAUAUCUAGAGCACUUAGGAAAUCAAGCAAGCGUCAAACUUCUUCAAUUGUUCGCAUCCAUGUCAUCGCCCAGCUUUCUCCUUGCGAAUGAGACGAACUACUCGCUCCUGCAAUCUCUGCUCGAGUCUAUGAAUGCCAUCAUCGAGCACCAGUAUAGCAACAAUAGGGUUUUUAUACAAGGUGUCUUCAAGUCGAGAAAACGGUUCGAAGCAUUACGCUCCUUCACCCUAGAAAGUGGCCAACUAGAGAUCGAGCGUAUGAAGCAACGCAGUAAAGAAGCAGCAGAAGCCUCGCAUCCACCAGCUAGUCCUACACGAACAUCUCGAAACAGCUCCAUCGAUAGCGUCCGAAGUCCACUAAGUGCCAGAACACCAACGUUGAGCGAUGUUCCAGAGGAAGGCGGUGCUUUUGCCAUUGGUGACGAUGAUGAAUCUGAGGACGAGGAGCAAGACAUGCUUCGAACUCCUUCACAGUCAUCUCCUUCCGCCCAUACUUCUCGAACUGCGUCAAUUUCUUCAUCAGCUGAAGAGCCAUUGCCAACGCAAUUGCGUGGCAUGUCCGAAAAGGCUCGCGGCAAGAUGCCAGCCAGCCAACCCUCAUUCUCCCGGCAAAAUAGCACCACAAGUCUGAAUAACCAUGCCGCAACCAUCUCAUCGCCUACCUCCGGCUUCGACCCCACAGCUCAUUGGAUUGAUUCCUGGCUCCCUACCCUACCCUUGCAUACCAUCUUAACACUUCUAUCAUCCCCCUCACCGCCCAAAGAAAUACCGCCAGGCCUAGACCCAAGCCCCCCGCGAGUCCACCUGUUCGAAUGGACGCCGCUCUCCCUGGGUUGGUAUGAGUCCCUUCUCUGGGGCUUCAUCUUUGCAUCAGAAAUGGUCGUACAGAAGGGCACAGUAGGCGUCUGGAAUGGCACAGCCAUGCGGCUUUUCAAAGUGGAGACCGUGGCAGCUGCAGGUCCAAGUCUCAUGAAGCCGAUGGGAGCGGUAGAUGCGGUGGGGAGCAGACUGGUGAGCGGUGUUGCGAGUUUGGGCGUUGGGUCGAGAGGAGGCGGUGAGGGAAGAGAAGAAACAGCCAGGGGGAUGAGUGUGAGGGAUGUCUGA